UCUUUGCGUAUUCCUCUUCUUGGUCGAGGACUACUAGUUUAGUUUUGUCUCUCUCUCUCCUGGUCCAAUCCAAAUCAUCAACUCAAUUCAAUUCCAAUUUCCAACAAACUGAGAAUGGCAACAGAAGCAGAAAAUCAGAGAGAGUCCAUGCUCGAUCAUGUUCCUCUCUUUGCCAAAGAACUUCUCGCCGGUGGCCUUGCUGGUGGUUUUGCUAAAACCGCCGUUGCCCCUCUUGAACGCGUCAAAAUUCUUUUUCAGACUCGAAGAGCUGAGUUUCAUAGCACGGGACUGUCUGGAUCAGUUAGCAGAAUUGCCAAAACCGAAGGUCUUUUGGGUUUCUACAGGGGAAAUGGAGCAAGUGUAGCUAGGAUUAUUCCUUAUGCAGGUCUUCAUUAUAUGUCCUAUGAGGAAUACCGCAGAUGGAUUCUGCAAGCUUUUCCUAAUGUUUGGAAAGGUCCUACCCUUGACCUUAUGGCAGGGUCACUCUCGGGAGGGACAGCUGUACUUUUUACUUAUCCCCUUGACUUAAUUCGGACUAAGCUAGCUUAUCAGGUUGUUAGUCCAACCAAGUUGAAUGUUUCAAGGAUGGUAAAUAAUGAACAAGUUUAUAGAGGGAUCCGUGAUUGUCUUUCAAAAACUUAUAAAGAGGGUGGUAUUAGAGGUCUCUAUAGAGGAGUAGCUCCAACUCUAUUUGGAAUAUUUCCAUAUGCGGGUUUGAAAUUCUACUUCUAUGAGGAAAUGAAGCGUCAUGUCCCUGACGAUUACAAGAAAAGCAUCAUGGCAAAACUCACAUGUGGAUCCGUGGCCGGUUUAUUGGGUCAGACCUUCACCUAUCCUCUUGAAGUUGUUAGGAGGCAAAUGCAGGUUCAAAAACUCGUGGCAUCAGAAGAAGCUGAAUUAAAAGGGACUAUGAGAUCCAUGGUUUUUAUUGCUCAAAAGCAAGGCUGGAAGACCCUGUUUUCAGGGCUGAGUAUCAAUUACAUUAAGGUCGUUCCAUCUGCGGCCAUUGGCUUCACAGUUUAUGAUACUAUGAAAUCUUGCCUUAGAGUACCAUCAAGAGAUGAAGAAAACUAACAAAAUUAUCAGCCAAUCAUCCUCCCAGUAGGAAUAAGAUAUCCUAACUCCUCACAGGCUUCAAACUGCCUUCCUCUUCUCAUUCUAUUCACAUUUUUGUUUACAUUAUUUUAGCUGCAGAUUGCAUUCUUUCAUAUUGUACAAAGAGGUAGAGGUUAAUAUGCACCAUACCAAGAAACAAUAGAAUACAUUGAUUUAAAUCUCAUUGAUUUUAUUAAAGUAGGAAAUAAUCUUAUGUUGUUUAGACAGGACAAACAAUGUAUGUACAAUUAAAGGAUAAAUUGCACUAAUUGAAUGUGCAUGUAGAGAGAAUGAUUUGGAAAUGUUGACAUAUAGUCACAUCCCUUCACUGUAUUCAGUUUAUUCUAUGCAGUCACCGGAUUUCUAUUUCCUUACAA